AUGUCCGACUGGGAAACAGCUCCCGCCGUGACCGAGACCCCGGACAUCAAACUCUUUGGGAAGUGGAGCACGGACGAUGUCCAGAUCAAUGACAUCUCCUUGCAGGACUACAUUGCUGUCAAGGAGAAGUACGCCAAGUACCUGCCCCACAGCGCCGGGCGCUACGCGGCCAAGCGCUUCCGCAAGGCCCAGUGCCCCAUCGUGGAGAGACUCACCAAUUCCAUGAUGAUGCACGGCCGGAAUAACGGGAAGAAGCUCAUGACCGUGCGCAUCGUCAAGCACGCCUUCGAGAUCAUCCACCUGCUCACUGGGGAGGUGCCU